UAGGAUAUUCUUUACGUGUACAUAAAUCAAUGAGUACAUGUUAUUUUGUAAGAAAGCGAGAAAGACCAAGUAAAAACGAAAAUAUAAUAUGUUUUAAAAGGCGUGAAGAUAUAUUAUGAUACAAAAUGAGCCAGACAAAGUUUUGGCACCUAAAUUCUAUAUUAAAUAUAAUCAGGUUUAUAUUUGGACUUUCUUUAGUGUUUUGGAUUAUUUUUUACGGUGGGAAAAAUAUGUCGCAAAAAGAAAUUCGUAAUGAAAAAUUUGAUAUUUGCAUUGUUGGGGCAGGUCUUUCUGGUGCAGUCAUAGCCGAAAGAUAUGCAGCUACAUCAAAUAAGACAAUACUUGUAAUUGAAAAACGCAACCAUAUUGGAGGAAACUGUUAUGACUACAUUGAUAAUGAAACAGGUAUAAGGGUGUCAAAAUAUGGCAUUCACAUUUUUCAUACAAAUUAUGAACAUGUAUGGUCUUAUGUUCAACAAUUUAGCAAAUGGAUUCCAUUUGAAUUUAAGGUGCAAUCAUAUGUGCAAGGUAAACACGUGCCUUUACCGGUGAAUAUUGACACUGUUAAUUCCUUGUUUGGCCUUAACAUCACAACAGUAAAACAAAUGGACAAUUGGUUAGAAAAUGAACAAGUUCAUUUUGAUCACGCGCCAAGUAAUUCUGAAGAAGUGGCUUUAUCGAGAGUUGGGAGAAAAUUAUACGAAUUAAUUUUUAAACCAUAUACUAUUAAACAGUGGAAUAAAUCACCAGCAGAGCUCGAUCCUUCUGUAUUAGCACGUAUUCCGGUUCGACAUGAUUGGGAAAACCGAUAUUUUACAGAUGCUCAUCAGGCAUUACCGGCAAAUGGUUACACAUAUAUCUUUCAGACAAUGCUUCAUUCUAAAAAUAUCAAGGUAAAAUUAAAUACAGAUUUCUUUGCUGUAAAACAUUUCUUACAGUGCGGGAAAACGUAUUUCACCGGUCCUAUUGACGCAUAUUACAGUGACUUUGGUUUAAAACCACUUGAAUAUAGAUCAUUAAUGUUCAAAAGGGUCGUUAUAAAGAACAUAGACCAUCAUCAGCCAACAAGCAUGGUUACCCAUCCGAGCAUCAUUACAAAUUACACACGGAUAAUAGAAUACAAAUGGUUGCCAAACCAAUUGUAUAAGUCAAAUGACACUGUUUUGCUCAUUGAAAAAUCAUCAGAUCAUGGUGAACCUUACUAUCCUAUCCCAAACGAUGACAAUAAAAUUCUUUACAAAAAGUACCAAGCCUUAGCUAGAAAGGAACACAAUGUGUAUUUUGUUGGAAGGUUGGCAAACUACAAAUAUUUCAACAUGGACGAGGCGAUAAAGAAUGCACUUUACUUUUUCAAUAGAACAAGAUGAAUUUACUAUUGAUUUGUACUCGAAACGAAAUAAAACUAACCAUACUUCGUUCUUGGAAUGAUUUAUAUUGCAAGAACUGAUUAAAAUAGCUAUCUUAAUAUGAUGGCUGUAAAUAAUUUUGAAAUAUUUCAAUACACAUGGACCAAAAAAGGAAACAGAGAUACAGAUAUUUUGUAUAAUAUUUUUCACGUUAUGUGUAUUGGUGUGUAUGUGUGGGGGAAUCGUCGAUUAAUUUAGGACUUCCCGACGUGAUCACAAUGUAAAUAUGCUUAAAACUACUUCUUUUUUAAUUAACCUGUUAAAAAUUAUCAAACCAAACAGUCCUAUAUGUAAUCGAAUACUCAGCGUAUAUUUGUAUUUUACAGUGCCAUCGUUUGCUGCGUAUAUCGAUCUUACAUUCAAUAAUAAUGAACAUACGAAGAUAGCACUAGUCAACAUAAUUGUGCCAAAUUCCGAAAUCUUCAUUUUUAAAAUUCAGCAUUUGGGCCUAAAAUAGUAUAUUUUAAGUUGAAGAACAUUUUUUGACAAAAAAAUACAAAUGUUGCACGAGAAUG